AUGAAUGUAUAUGCCCUGGUGACUCGCGUCCCGCCGCGACUGAGUUGCCACCCCAUCUGGCAGCUCCCGGUUCCUCGAUUCUUCGCCUCGCGUUAUCAUUCAUACUCCCUACCUACCGCCAUCAACCAGAACAUCCGUCAUGGCGGCAUUCGAGAGACUCCGAUAUCGCCACCAGAAGCUCUACCAAAAGUCCAUGAGACGCGACCGCCGCCCAAACUCGACCCGACCCCACUCGUGGAGCCAGCAACCGAAGACAAGGCGUCAAGCACGUCGACAAGCGACACUGCAACCCAGAAGCCCAGAGCAGCUCGGCCGAGGCCCAAGUUGCGAGCUCGCAAGGCUGCCAUGAAACUCACGCCGGCAGCCGUGGAGCAGCUGCGAAUGAUGCUGGACCAGCCCGAUCCCAAGCUGAUAAAGGUUGGCGUCCGAAAUCGCGGUUGCAGCGGCCUGGCGUACCACUUGGAAUAUGUCGAAAAGCCCGGCAAUUUUGACGAGAUGGUGGAACAGGAUGGAGUCAAGGUGCUGAUUGACAGCAAAGCGCUGUUCAGCAUUAUCGGGAGCGAGAUGGACUGGGUUGAAGACAAGCUGAAUCAACGAUUUGUCUUCAAGAACCCCAACAUAAAGGAGCAAUGCGGCUGCGGCGAAUCCUUCAUGGUAUAG